AUUAGUUAAUUUUCUUAUAUUCGGGUAUUUUUUUUCUCUCUCUUAAUUUUCGGCAAUGUUUUCAGUUUGCUCCGGUUGCGUGUUGACGCGAUGUCGAGUUGUGUUCAUUAAAACGACCUUCGUGAAGGUUAAACAACGCGAACUAACUAGCCCCAUGUCUACCGCCAUUAAGGAUAGCCUAUUGGCCCAAGUUGCCGAGGUGUUGCCCAGUUCCGGUCAUAAGGUGACUGUUGUCGGUAUUGGCCAGGUUGGUAUGGCCAGUGCCUUCAGCAUCCUAGCCCAGAAUGUCUCCAAGGAGGUGUGCCUCAUCGAUGUCUGCAGUGAUAAGCUGCAGGGAGAACUGAUGGACUUGCAGCACGGUUCGAAUUUCCUCAAGAAUCCCCAAAUUACCGCUAGCACCGAUUUUGCCGCAUCAGCCAAUUCCAGGCUGUGCAUUGUCACGGCCGGUGUCCGUCAGAAGGAGGGCGAAUCCCGUUUGUCCCUGGUGCAACGCAACACCGACAUCCUGAAGAACAUCAUUCCAAAGCUGGUUGAAUACAGUCCCGAUACCAUUUUGCUUAUGGUCUCCAAUCCUGUGGACAUUAUGACCUAUGUGGCCUGGAAGUUGUCCGGUCUGCCCAAGAACCGCGUCAUUGGCAGCGGCACCAAUUUGGAUUCAUCUCGUUUCCGUUUCCUCAUGUCGCAGCGUCUGGGUGUGGCCCCCACCUCCUGCCACGGCUGGAUCAUUGGUGAACACGGGGAUAGCUCGGUGCCCGUAUGGUCGGGUGUCAACAUUGCCGGUGUCCGCUUGCGUGAAUUGAACCCAACUCUGGGCACUGGCGAGGAUCCAGAGAAAUGGAAUGAGCUGCACAAGCAGGUUGUCGAUUCCGCCUAUGAGGUCAUCAAGCUAAAGGGUUACACUUCCUGGGCCAUUGGCUUGAGCACAGCUUCCUUGGCCUCGGCCAUUUUGAGGAACACCAGCAGUGUGGCUGCUGUUUCCACCUCCGUUUUGGGCGAACACUGCAUCGAUAAGGAUGUGUUCUUGUCAUUGCCAUGCAUCCUGAAUGCCAAUGGAGUAACCUCUGUGGUUAAGCAGAUUCUCACCGACACCGAAGUGGAGCAGUUGCAGAAGUCGGCCAACAUUAUGGCUGAAGUCCAAGCCGGUCUUAAAUUUUAAAUUAACUAAAUACAAUCAACAAAAAUAUAUAAAUUA